UAAGCCGUCCUAGUUGAUCAAAGUACCUAUAUAAGGACUAACUCCAGAAGUUCUGCAGAAGAGAGACACUAUGAAGUUUCUGAUCUUGGCUUUGUUCGUUGCUGGCGCCUACGGGUGCGGUAAUCCCACCUACCAACCCAUCCUCAGCAGGGUGGUUGGUGGAGAUGAUGUCCGUGAGAGCAGCUGGCCCUGGCAGGUUUCUCUGCAGUACCAGAGCGGCUCCAACUUUUACCACACCUGCGGUGGCACUCUGAUCUCCAGCCAGUGGGUCCUCACUGCUGCUCACUGCAUCGGAAGCCGCACCUACAGAGUCUAUUUGGGAAAACACAAUCUGAAGAACAACAACGAACCUGGUUCCAUCGCCAUCAGCCCCUCCAAGAUUGUUGUCCACCCCAACUGGGACUCCUACAGAAUCCGCAAUGAUAUUGCCCUGAUCAAGCUCUCUACUCCCGUCACCUACUCCAACUCCAUUAUGCCUGCCUGUCUUCCCGACUCUGGUGAAGUGCUGUCCCAUGGCUCUCCCUGCUACGUGACUGGCUGGGGUCGUCUGUGGACUGGAGGUCCUCUUGCUGACGUCCUGCAGCAGGCCCUCCUCCCUGUUAUCGGCCACUCCACCUGCAGCAGGUCUGACUGGUGGGGCAGUCUGGUCACCACCAGCAUGAUCUGUGCUGGAGGAGAUGGACAGCUGGCCAGCUGCAACGGAGACUCUGGUGGUCCUCUGAACUGCAAGAACGAUGAUGGCUCCUGGUCUGUCCACGGUGUGGUCAGCUUUGGCUCAAGCAUGGGCUGCAACUAUCCUAAGAAGCCUUCUGUCUUCACCAGGGUCAGCGCCUACAGCUCUUGGAUGAGCAACGUGAUGGCUUCAAACUAAAGACUUGAGCCGUUGUCAGUAUUAUAGUCACUGGACGUCAAAUAAAGACAACUGUGGCUAAAACUG